AUGGCCCCGUCCUCAGACCUCCACCACAGCGACAAUGAAGACGAUUACGCAAACGAUCUCAUUGUCACUGCAACAGAGUCCUCUACCGCUCCCCUUAUUAACAGUAGGAGAGGAGGUUCUCGUGGGAACCCCCGAGUAGGAGGACCAAAAUCUUCCUCAACUUCAUCUCUAGCUAUUGAUAACCAUGAUGAUGAUCUUGAUACUACCACUACCUCUUACCCCAAACACAGAUUUGUUUCUCCAGUAGUCUUUUUUAAGCGACUUUCUGCUUCUGUUGCUCAACUUAGAGCCAGAAAUCAACGCAGCCCCGUGCUUGAAUCUCACCCAGAGCGCAUUGUUACUCCACAGCUUGCAUCCUCUGCAAAAUCUUACCAUUACCCCUCCAACGCAAUUUCAAAUGCAAAGUACAAUGCUGUUACAUUUCUACCAGUUAUUCUUUACGAACAAUUUAAGUUUUUCUUCAACCUUUAUUUUUUGCUAGUAGCUCUUUCCCAAGCAGUUCCAGCUCUCCGGAUCGGGUAUCUCUCCUCAUAUAUUGUUCCGCUCGCUUUUGUAUUAACAGUUACAAUGAGUAAAGAAGCUUGGGAUGAUAUUUUACGUCGUCGCAGAGAUCGCGAAGCCAACAUUGAACUUUAUGAAGUCCUGAACCCUCCAGUUUCAGGGAAAGACCUUUUUGUCAAGGCACAAGACCUUAAAGUCGGCAGUCUUGUGCGUCUCCACAAGGAUCAUCGCAUUCCAGCAGAUAUGAUUUUGCUCCAAUCUUCCGAACACACGGGUGAAUCCUUUAUUAGAACAGAUCAACUUGAUGGUGAAACCGACUGGAAGCUGCGCAUUGCUGCCUCUCUUACACAAAGUGCUUCAAUUGAAGACCUUCAGCACAUUAAAAUCCAAGCAGAGUACCCACACAAAGACAUUCAUUCAUUUCUUGGAAGCAUCACUCUCGACGGAAACUCUGUGGGUCUUAGUGCCGAUAAUACCCUCUGGGCAAAUACCGUUUUAGCCACUGGCUCUGCCAUUGGUUGUGUCAUUUAUACAGGUACUGACACUCGUCAGGCCCUCAAUACAUCUAAAGCUCGUGCCAAAACUGGUCGCUUAGAAAUUGAAAUCAACAGUCUUUCCAAGAUUUUAUGUACAUGUGUUUUUGUGCUUAGUUUUGGUCUUGUAGCCUUCAAAGGUUUUGGUGAUAAGUGGUACAUUGAUGUUAUGCGCUUUUUGAUUUUGUUUUCUACAAUUAUCCCCGUUAGUUUACGUGUCAACUUAGAUAUGGCCAAGUCCGUUUAUGCCCAUCAAAUUGAGCAUGACAAGUCGAUUCCAGAAACCAUUGUGCGCACCAGUACCAUCCCUGAAGACUUGGGUCGCAUCGAGUAUUUACUUACUGAUAAAACAGGUACUUUAACUCAGAAUGAUAUGGAAAUGAAAAAAGUCCAUGUUGGUACUGUUUCAUAUACUGGAGAUGCCAUGGACGAAGUCGCGCAGUUUGUUGCUGGUGAACCUACAGGUCCACGUAGUCGUCGUGAGAUUGGUAAUCGUGUGCGUGACAUUGUUACCACACUUGCGAUUUGUCAUAGCGUAACACCUUCUUAUGAAGAUGGCAAGAUUGAAUAUCAAGCUGCUUCACCUGAUGAGGUUGCCAUUGUCAAGUGGACAGCAUCUGUUGGAUUGUCUUUGCAUAAACGAGACCGUAAAUCAAUGACACUUUUACAUGAAGCCACUCAAACCAACUUGGAGUACGACAUUUUAUACGUUUUCCCAUUUAACUCGGACAAUAAGCGCAUGGGUAUCAUUGUGCAUGACAAGACCAAGGAUGAGAUGUGGUUCUUGCAAAAGGGUGCUGAUACAGUUAUGGCAUCCAUUGUACAGCAUAAUGACUGGCUCGAGGAGGAAACUGGCAAUAUGGCUCGCGAAGGGUUGAGAACUCUUGUUGUGGGUCGCAAGAAGCUUUCUCCUGGAUUGUUUAGAGACUUUGAGGAAAAGUACAAGGAGGCUUCGCUUUCUAUGGCCAACCGUGAAGAAAAAAUUGCCAAGGUUGUUAGUGAUUUCCUUGAACACGAUUUAGAGCUUCUUGGUUUGACUGGAGUUGAAGAUCGCUUACAAAAGGAUAUGAAACCAUCACUUGAAUUGCUUCGAAACGCAGGAAUCAAGAUUUGGAUGCUUACUGGUGAUAAGGUGGAGACAGCUCGGUGUGUUGCUGUUAGUUCAAAGCUUGUAGCACGUGGUCAGUAUAUUCAAACAGUUGUCAAGGUACGCAACAAGCAGGCUGCAUUUGAACACAUUGAAUUUUUACGACGACGGCCUGAUGCAGCUUUGCUGAUUGACGGAGAGUCACUUAGCAUGUUUUUGAAUCACUUUAAGGAACAGUUUGUGAGUGUUGCUGUGAAACAGCCAGCAGUUAUUGCAUGUCGAUGUACGCCACAGCAAAAGGCAGACGUUGCAAUUUUAAUUAAGGAGUACACUAAGAAACGAGUGUGUUGCAUUGGAGAUGGUGGUAAUGAUGUUAGUAUGAUUCAAGCUGCAGAUGUUGGUGUUGGUAUUGUGGGUAAGGAGGGCAAGCAAGCGUCGCUGGCGGCGGACUUUAGUAUUACGCAGUUUUGUCAUUUGACCAAGCUGCUUGUUUGGCACGGACGCAAUUCAUAUAAGCGAUCAGCUAAGCUUGCACAGUUUGUGAUUCAUCGUGGUUUGAUUAUCAGUGUGUGCCAGACUGUGUAUUCAGUUUCGUCUGCGUUUGAACCUCUUGCAUUGUAUGAAGGUUGGCUUAUGGUUGGUUAUGCCACGCUUUAUACUAUGGCACCAGUAUUUUCUUUGGUGUUAGAUCGUGAUGUUGAUGAAGACUUAGCCAACUUGUAUCCUGAACUUUACAAGGAAUUGACAGAAGGCCGGUCAUUAUCAUACAAGACGUUUUUUGUGUGGGUUCUUGUUUCAUUGUAUCAAGGAUGUGUGAUUCAAGGUCUUUCACAAGUGUUUGUUGGAAUUGACCGGGAGUUGUUCCACAAGAUGGUUUCUGUGAGUUUCACUGCGUUAUUACUUAACGAGUUGAUUAUGGUUGCUUUAGAAAUUACAACUUGGAACAAGGUGAUGUUUUUUUCAGAGGUGAUUACUUUUUUGAUUUACGUUGCGUCUGUACCAUUUUUAGGAGACUAUUUUGAUUUGGGGUUUGUGGUGACGCCGGCGUUUUACUGGCAAACUAUACUAAUUACGGCUACAGCAUUGAUUCCCCCAUGGAUUGGCAAAGCCUUGCGUCGUAAACUGCGUCCACCAAAUUAUGCCAAAGUCCAGCAGGCUUAA